AUGGCAGAUUCAUUUUCUCUUGCCGCCGAGGCUGCGCAUUCGUCGUUAAAGCGCGCGAGACUUUUGUUUCAGCAUCCGACGAGCAACGUGCGUUCCCAAUUUGGUGUGGCUUCGGCCGUCGAUCCGACGCUGUCCGAGGCGGCGGUGCAGCGGCGUCGGCGUCAACGUACCGGCGUGUCGGGUACGAACAAGACUGCUGGCAGUAAGCAUACCGGAUCCAACCAACAAAGUCAAUCGCUCGUCGUUGCGUCGCCGAAAACGGACGCCGCUUUGGGGGAGACGGUCACCGAAGCGCGGAACAACUUGGUACCGUUCGACGGCGGCAAAGCCAGUGCCACCGAGAAUUACGACGACAAUGCACGACUCCCGCCGUCAUCUUCGGGAGGAAUUCUC